AGGUGCUCGUGGAUGGUGCGCAGCGCCUCCUCCUCGGUGAUGUCCCGGUAGAGCGGGGCCGACGGCAACGGCAAGUGCCCUGCCAACUCGCACAGCGCCACGUUGAAGUCCUCGCUCGCCUUGCUACCGAAGCUGGGCUUGCGGGCCCAUAGCAGCACUCGCAGCCCCCGACCGGCUCCGGUCCCGGCCCCCUCUGGCGGCUCGCCCCGCGUAAUGAAGACGUUGUAGGCCAGACCGGUGUCAACGAUAUGCUCCGCCGCCCGGCACACGUCCCGGGACACUGCCUCCAGGUCGGCAGGGCCGGCGGCGUAGAAGAGAAAAGCGGGUGCCGGUACGCCGCGCAGAAGGAGCCAGAGACGGCGGCGCGGGCAGAGAGUCUGGGCAGGCGCAGCCUCCACCGGCAGCGGGCGGCUCACGUAGAAGCCGUGCAAGUGCAGGUGGUUGACUGAGGCAUAGCCACCCAGCCCGUUAAAGCCCAGGCGGAAGCCGGGGUGGGCGCUGAGCAGGGCCGCCUCCAGCCCGCCGAGCAGCACCGGCGCCGUGAGGGCCUGCGGCAGCCCGCGGCUCGGCUCCGGCAGCAGCAGUACGUGGCCCCGCUCCAGCGGGCUGGCGUUGAUGGCCACCAGGAGAGGGUCCGGCUCACCGGGGCAGCCCCGGUCCCCGUCCCUGGCAACCCUCCGCAGGCGGAGCAGCAGCUCUCCUGGGCGCAGCCGGGUGAAGUUGAAGGCGGUGGGGUCGAAGGGCUGCCGGAGGCUGCGGACGGGCUGCGGCGGGCGGCGCUCGGUGCCGCGUUGGACAUUCAGCUGGGCCACCAAGCGCAGGGGCCCGGGCAGGACGCGGGUGGGCAGCGGGCCGAGCCGGUAUCGGAAUAGACCCUGCUCCAUCCUGUCGUCCCAGCUCUCCAGCAGCGCCCGGUCGAAGCGGGACGGCACGGAGCCUGGCUCGUCCUCCCAGCCGGUUCCUGGCAUGAUGAACUCCUCCUCCCCAUACACGAACUCCUUGGGACUCGGGUCCCUCGGCUCCUCGCUCGUUCCGGCCUCCGCCAUGCUGGGAGCCGGUUCCGGAGGCGGGGCUGAGGCCUCUUUCAGGGCUCGGCGAGGCGCGCAGAGCCGCCGGGCCGCUAUCCUGCCUUCAUCCCUCGCUCUCUGCCUGGUACGCGCGGCAGAGAGCUGGUCUCGGCGGCGGGGCGGGGCCGGACUGGGCCGGGCCGGUCCCGGUCGGGUCUCGGCGGAGGUGCGGUGCGGGCCCGCCCCGGGGCGCGGCGUCGCUGUCCCAGCGGCAGGCAGGACGAGGAGCGGAAGCCGUGCGGCCGCGAUGGGGGGCGCGGGCAGCCUGCUGUCGCGGAACGCGCUGAGCGAGUACCAGGAGCUGACGUUCCUGAACAAGCAAGAGAUCCUGCUUGCCUACAAGAGGUUCAGUGAACUGCUGCCAAAGGAGGAGAGGGAAAACGCCCACUUCGUGCGGAUUCCCAAGAGCCAGAUCCUGACGCUGCCAGAGCUGCGGGCAAACCCCUUCCAGCACCGGAUCUGCCGGGUGUUCUCCACCUCAAAUACUGGAGAUGACAGCAUGUCCUUUGAAGACUUCCUCGAUAUGCUGAGUGUCUUCAGCGAUUCCGCCACCUCGGACAUCAAAUCCCACUAUGCCUUCCGCAUCUUUGACUUUGAUGAUGAUGGAACUCUGGACAGAAAGGACCUGGAGAAGCUGGUGAACUGUCUGACGGGGCAAGGCGAAGAGUCACGGCUGAACGACGCCGAGAUGGAGCAGCUCAUCCGAAACAUCCUGGAGGAGUCUGACAUUGACAAGGACGGCACCAUCAACCUCUCUGAGUUCCAGCACGUCAUCUCCCGCUGCCCGGACUUUGCCAGCUCCUUCAAGAUCGUGCUGUGAGCGCCCUGUGGCUCUCCAGAUCCACUCCUCCAGCUGCUACAGCUCUUCGUGGUCUCAGAAGUGUCCUCUUUCAGUGAGCAGAGUACAGAGGUACCCUCUCUCAUCAGUCACACUGUGCCUCAGGUGGGACCCCUGAUGCUCCCCUCACACCUGACAAGAUGGCAGGCAAGAUGCCAGCUGUCUCUGCAGCCUCUAGAGGUGGGGCCCUGGGAAGUUGCCUCGCCUGCAGCAGCUCUGUUCUCCCACGAUGGGAUUUCAACUCCUUAUGCAAACCAAGGGCAGGUCCGUGUGUGGGGGAAGCACACAGAGGUGCUCCUGGCUGGCCCAUGCUGCACCCAGCAAAGCCCCCUCUGCCCUCAGUACCAAUUUGUGCCUUCACCAGCAGGCAGGGGACUGCCCACCUCUGCUGGCUUCCUGGGGCCCUCUCUGCUGCAAAGUAGAUCUGACAAAGCAAUAAGCCCAAACUGGAUCCAUUUCUCUGAGCAAUAAGGCAACGCUGGGUCUGUUUCUCCAUGCAAUAAUCCAAACAUGUCUCAGUUUCUGCGAGCAAUAACUCAAGUGGCACUGGAGCUAUCCUGUCAGCAGAGCUCUCCCUCACAGCUGCACAAGAUGCAGGACACCCUGCAGCCAGGCUUGCCUCAGGGACGAUCUGGCCCUGCUCACUCCUUUUGCCCUUCUUUGCCCCCUCCCCUGGCUCAGGCUCAGCAGCUGCUCUGUGCUACUCUGGCCUCUUCCUCCUUCUGUUCCUGCAAGGACACAAAUAAAGGGUUCUGGUUUCA